AGUAGCGAGGCACAAAAAAAGUUGUUUUUUCCGUGCCGAUUAAAUUUAUUUAUCCGAAUUGAAGAGUGGGCUUUUCCGCUCCCGCUGAGUGAAUUACACAAGACGAUGCGCCGCAUUUGUUGAAAAACAAAAAGGACGCCAGGCAAUUUUCGCAUCAUCGGUGCAAAUCGUACGCUCGACCGCUAGCCGUGUUGCAGAGAUAAACCCCAUCCGCGGCACAAAUUUGAGCUCACACCCAUGCACACCAUCAACUUGAGCGGCAGAGAAGUGGCCGAGGCCAGCCUCACUCGGCGGCUGAAGCUGGCUGAGGAGGCAAGCAUAAAGAUCGAUGUGAUCGAUCUUGUCGACGAAGAGGAGGACCAGGCCAAACGAUCACAUCAACCCUUACAUCGGCCGCCGGAGGUCCGGCGCUCCGACGAUAACGUUGUCGUUAACGAUGACGACGACGACGAGGAGGAGCAAAUCGGCAGAGAUUGUCGAGUUGAUAUCAAUCCAGCCAUCACACCACGGUUGUCGCCGUUCGUAAAUAUUGAUCUUUCCUCGAAUGCCAACGGGGAAGUUCUUUUCAGAAAUGGGUCUUUAUCUGGAGAACGUAGAACUUACUCCCGGCGACCCAUUCACGCAUCACCGGAUUCGACUAGCAGCAGCUCGGAGCGUGCAAGGAGUAGAUUAGACCAUCAGUUUAAACCCACACCCAGCUCAACUCACUCCAAGGCAUCGGCGGGAAGCUGCAUUAUAUUUAACCGUUCGUACGUCAAAACACCGACGAGCAGUAGUACCCCAAGCGGGAUCAGUCCAACCAGAUACAGCGUGUUUGAUCGAGCUCCUAUGACUGCUCUGGCCGAUAGAAGAAUGCAGCUAACCCGAAAUGCGUUUCAAAGGGCUGGCAGCCGUCCGUCGAUGCUGAGUGGUUCUAGUGAUACAUCAACCAGUAUUCACGGUUCACCUAUUGUCGACAUAACUGGUCGUCGUGACAGCGAGAGCCCUUUGCCUCGGGUGAGUUUGUUAAGGCGAUCGUAUCAUAAAUCAUCUGGCGAGUCGGCAGCGUCCAGUACCCACCAUCCCGUUGUGACAACGAUCGAUUUAGAUAGUGAUUGCUCACCGGUUCGAUCAAACAAUCACCAAACGGCGACGGCAGACGAAGUCGAGGAUGGUUCUACGAGCAGUGAGGGCGUAACCGUCUCAAAUUUACCAAGACAGCACCCAUUGAUAGGCGAUGAGUGUAUGGAAGUCGCCGAAGAUGCACCGGAGGUGGAAUUUGUGGGCAUUGAUAUCGAAUCGACAAGAGCAGACAAGAAGGUCCAUGAUCCGAUCGUAGAAAGUCAACCAAACGAUAGCCAAACAGAAGGGGACGAACCCGAUCAGCAGGAUGACGAAGGCAGCUCGAUGGAGAACUCGUACGGUGACGUUUCGAGUUCCGGAUGUGCAAAGUUUUCUUCGACGCGCCACAGUAUGGGCCGGCAGGGUGUAACGGAGGCGUCGCGAAGUAACUCGAUGAAUGAGUUCGAGCUGAAGCUGCAGGAAAUCAACGAAUGGGUAAAACCGAUGACCCACCGGGAUCGUGUAGAACAUUGGCGCGUAACGGAGGAAGAUCUGCGCCAUUCGAUACCGACGAAGGCUAAAAUUGAAACGACGAGCUACGCGGGAACAAAACGCGCCUUUUACGACACCGUGCACAUCUCGAGUGAGGAUGAUUCGUCAGACGAUUCACCGAUCGAGGGUAUAUCGAGCUCGAUGACUGGUACCAUGUUGGCCAGCAAGAAGCGUCGUACGGCUGAUGCGAUGGAAGCUAGCACAAGUGGCCAGCUACGUACCGAUGUGAUGAACGGCCUAGCGACGGACCGAGCAGCGUGUGCAGGAACAUCGGCAACAACAACGCUUUCCCUCGACGAUGGCGAAGAUUCGGAUUUUCGUAAUGGUCAACUCAAUCCCGAAAUCGAUAAACCCCAAACCGGCACCAGUAUGCUGUUGAUAAGGCGAACUUAUCACAAACUAUCGUCUGGGUAUAGUUUGUGUAAGAGGUGCAACAAAUGUAGUCCCACUGAGCCCAACGAUGGAGUACCAGUGCAAGGAAUCGAGACUUAUUGCGAUUGUCGUCGUGCGAUCGAAACAAUCAACAAAGGCCCAAACGUUGCACCGUAUGCUCAGUUGCUUUGCCGCGACCGUGGCCUCGAUAGUUUCCUCAACUAUCUGCGUAUCAGUCCUCUCCACCGAACGAACCAGCUCGCGGGAGCACCGGUACCACCACCGAAUUACGACGAUGUAAAGACGAUCGGAGUCGUUCUAGCACCAGGCUCUAAGGUCGAACUGGACCUGCAAAGUGUAACCAAAUCGACCCAAGGCAUCGACGGGACGGCAAAGUCUAAGCUUAACACCCAGAGAAGGGCCAACCAGGGGAAGCGAAGAGUGGUAAAAAGUAAAAAGAAGGUUACGGCCAAAAGUAAAUCACAUCCUGGCACUAUUGCCAGCAGUGCCAUUCGUGGUGUUCGACGGUUGGUACUGUCGAGCUCGUUGCGUAGCGGAAAGGUCAUACGAUACCGCACCACGUUCCCGUCCUUGCGACAGCCGCCAAAACAAGGCAAGGCGUGUACAUCACGCAUCACGGCCGUUAUGGCCGCAAACUCAUCAUGCCGAACACCGACGCAUGAUGAAGGCACCACGGAACCUAAACCGAUAUCCAGAGAUAGCGAGCCAGGCGAUGCCAGUGAUGUCCCAUCACAGCAGCAUCUGGACAGCCCUGUGCAUAUCCCAUCGAUGACAUCAUCUUCCUCUUCAUCGUCAUCUAUGACCCGGAAACCGAAGCCAAAAUCCCUGCAUCGGACUGCAGCGACGGCGUCGUUACGCUGCUCAGUAGACAGUGCGGUCAGCAGCUCGACCAGCGCCGAGAUGCAUGAGGGCAAACGUUCGAAAGAGUGUCAGACGGUGGAAAGUGCCCUGGCACUCGAAGCGAUGGCUGAAGUCGAAUGCCCCGCUGAUCCUCCACCGAAACCUGUCAAUGAAGGUAUACCGUGCCGGAAUCCGUUGAAUAGGAGCGAUGGCGAGGUGCUGCAUGUUUUUCUGAUCGAUGAAAAGCUGAUCGUCGUGCAGACGGGGCUGGUAAGCUUCUGGCGAUAUUCCCGGUUGAGUGCGCUGUUGGGUGUGCGCCAGGAAUGGGAGCGUGUAGCUCAGGUGUCCCGUUGGUUGCGCGAUACUGAGCUGGACACAGAAAAUGCCCAUCGCAUCGGGUACAACAAUUGUCAUCCCUUCUAUCUAGAGCCGAGGGCACGCAAUCUGGCGGAGGACGAAUCGCGGACCUGUCCGCUUGCCUCAAUCUACAUCAAUGCUUACUUUCUGAUCACCAAGAUUCACAUGCUAAAUCCAGCUACACCGAGCGGAGAUGAAGGUGAACAAAAUAUUACAGAAACAAACGACGACGAAGACGGAAGGGGAUCGUCGGAGGAUCAGGGGGGUGUGCGUGAAGAGGAUGUGGCUCGCGUUAAAUCGUAUCAAUUGGAUACGGUGAAAAGCACCCUGGAAGAUGUGUUGUUUCUGCCGAUUCCGAAUUCACGCUACUUCAUCGUCUGCUGGUACGAGCACGUACGAGAGAUGGAAUCAAAAACGGGACUAUGUAAGUACAGUCUCACUCCAGACCUGGAAACACUGGCCAGUAUUCGCGAGUUCCCGUCCGUAAGGCAGAAGCUGAACAGUUUGCGCUGUCUGCCGAACAGCCGGCUGCUGGGCCUUGGUGAGUCCACCGUCCACCUGUGGUGCUAUGAAACGGGUCAUCUACUGUGGACAAUCGAUCUAAAGCUCUCCCUUGGAACAAUCGUCGGUAGCUUUGUCCACAGGGAAACGGUCGAAAGCACAUUGUUCCUGUUUCAAAUCCAACCAGUAGUGAACGAGAGCAACCGCAAGCUGAUGAAGGUGAUCGCCGUUAAUUUGUUCAAAAAGGCGUGGUAUGUGGCUCACAGCUACGAGAUAGCCCUCUCCUCGAUGCGAAUCACGGGAGAAAGCCAGUUGGCGGAGCCAACUCAAGAAGGGAACCAGCGGCACUGUGUAACGUUCCAGAGUGGUGAGCUGCUGCUCGUUAGCCUGAACACUCCUAGCUUUUGUUGGACGAAUCAUAGGCGAUUGGCGAAGGAUUUGCUGCAUGCGGAAGAAUACUCCGUACGGGUGUGUUCGCGGUUGCGAAGCAAUACGGGUGACGUUUAUCGGCCAAAGGAACGAAUUCAGAAUGCCGGAUACUGGCACGGUGGCCGUGAUCUGUUAUUGCUUGGAGAUCAAUGUUUAACGAUCAAAUCGAUCGAUGAGUACAUGGCCGAGAGUGCCCGAUAGGCCAGCUGUUGGGCUUGGGAAAGAGAUGGAUGGAGUCUAAGGAAGGAAUUAGUAUUUUUCGUUUAGAUAAUCUAUUUUUUGCAUAUCUUUUCAUUUUUGAAUUAGAGAGCCAGUACUCUGAAUCGGAAUUCGAUGGUUCGAAUUGAACUCUUGCUGGCGCUGUGAUUGUGAUUGCCAUAACUGGCACUGAAACGAAGCCGAUGCGAUCGAACCUUAAAUUAAAGGCAGCAUGCGCUUUAGGACUCGUCAGGAUUAGUUUUUGUUUUUCAAGCAUCGAAAACCCCCAACAACAGUACGUUGCUGCUCGCAAUAGUAUUUAUUAAAGCCAUCCACUUAUGCUCGGGGCUUAAUUCUUUCUGGGCCCAGGCCAUGGCCAAUUGUUUUUUCGAUACUUGGUGACACGCACGCUCAUGAGAGAACCGAAAGGUAGUGUGUAAUGUAAAUAGUGAACAAAAACCGCCAACGAUUAGCGCCGAAGUAAAAUGAAUACUACUUGCGCUAGGAACUUCUAAUGGAUGGUGAAUCGCAGCAGCAACACGAUAAAACAUUUGCAGCUUUGCUUGGCGAACAAAUUUGAAUUAAAUUUGAAAACAAAGAAUCAACUUAUCGGACAAAUUCAUCCUCCCAGAAUGUAGAUCUCUCCCUCUCUCUUCUAGUGUUUGAUGCUUUCGAUGAGCAAAAUGUCUUCUCUGGAAAAUGAAAUAAAGAAAAUUGAAAUCGCGGGGUGGUUUAUGUGGAUUA